AUGGUGUUUGAGAAAGACCGCCUGGCCCGGUGUACCAUGCAUUGCAAUGACAAAGCCAAAGAUUCAAUAGAUGCGGGGAGUAAGGAGCUUCAGGUGAAGCAGCAGCUGGACAGUUGCGUGACCAAGUGUGUGGAUGACCACAUGCACCUCAUCCCGACUAUGACCAAGAAGAUGAAGGAGUCUCUCUCAUCCAUUGGGAAAUAAAAGUCUUUGCCAGUGGCCAUCAGGGCUGAGGGCAGGCAUCUAUUUAAAAAGAGGAAUGGGAAUUUUAGCAUUUUAAGCAAAGUUGAUGGCAGCAAGUUUAAGGCAUAUGUCAUUUGCCUCUGGACACUUGUUCUUUUAUGUUUAAAUCCUAGAAAGUGAAAUGGAAAAAACUGGUGCUAAAAUUUGGGUCAGAGAUAGUACAGGAGAGUGUUUUAUAGUCUAAAUUUCAUGUGGCAAGUUCUUGUCCUGACAGUAGGGAUCUCCCUUGUACCAAGCCAGAGCCCUCAAAGUUAGCAGAUUCCUCUUACUACACAAGCACAGAUACCAACAGGCUGGUAUGUUCCUCUAACUUGCCUAUGAUCUGGUGGAGUUUGAAGAGACAUGUGUCUGUUUGCUGCCAACCUCCUGUUCACCAGAAGUGUCACCACACCAUUUUCCAAAAGCUAUAAAACAAAAUCCAUGAGGUCACUAAUUUAGAAGGGGAAAAGGGGUUUCUGGAUCUUUGUUUUUCUUGGUUUUGUUUUAUAUACAGGGGCAUGAAGUUGAUUUAAGAUGUGGGGUUGAGAGGGAAAGUAGUUUGGUUCCUUUUCUCACCAUCAAGAUGUGGGUGUGCAUUUCUUGAAAUUCUUACACACUGAAUCUUUUAACCUGGAGAUGAUGCAAAAAAAAAAAAAGAGAGAGAGAGAGGGAAAAAUGAGCUUCCGUCUCAUUGCCUAAUGGGCUCUGAGGCUGUCUCCAGCAGAGUGACAGGACAAUCUUGCAGUAACAGUUUCCCCUUGAAGGGAAAAAGUUUUGAUUGUGACAUAUAGCAGUAUCAGGGAAGGAACAGUAAUGAGAAACUAUUGGCUACUUAAAAGAGUUGUGAAGUACUGUAUUUGGAAAAACUUGAUUUUCGUAGAACAAAAUAGAAUGAAAGAAGCCUAAACCCAGCAUUGCUUGCUUAGCCCCCCGAAUUAACAGAGCCCUAUUGAGACAAUCCCCUGGCAACAGGAAGGUCAAGGGAUCAAAAGUAAGCAACUUGGGUUAGGACAAGCUGUGACUCCCUUAAAGCUGAGGAGGGGCAGCCCCCAUUACCAAAUACCAUUUUUGCCUGGGCCCUUGCAACAUGCAGUGUUUUUACCCCAGCAUGGCACCUUAUCAUUUUGAUGAGGACCUUGUCUUUUUACCAACUUACUACUUGAUAAUAUAGCCUGUCUGCUGUUUCAAGGCUGUGAUAUAUUUUCCUAAUGAUUUUGUUUUUAAAAAAUAAAGAAGAUUUAAUCCCCACACA